AUGGCUGUUAGCGAGGAGGCAAUAUUCCGCUCAGCGGAUAUGUGCCUUAUGCAGCUGUAUAUUCCCCAAGAAAUUGCUAGAGAAAUGGUCUAUACAGUGGGACAGAUGGGGUUAGUUCAAUUUAGAGAUUUGAACAAAAAAGUGAAUGCAUUUCAAAGAACUUUUAUCGACGAUUUAAAACGUUUAGAUAAUGUGGAAAGACAGUAUCGUUUUUUUCAUAAGCUUUUGAAAAAACACGGGAUCUCCCUUCUAGAAGAAGUUUCGGAAGAAAGUGGUCAAUUGACGUUGGCACCUGCUACUGGUGUUAUUGAUGAUCAUGCGCAAAAUGCUACUUUGUUGGAGGAGAGAUUGAGCCAAAUGGAAGAAGCUUCAGAACAAUUGGAGUUGCAGAAAGCAGAUUUGGAACAAUAUAGGUUCCUACUGCAGACUGGUGAACAGUUUUUCACCAGAGAUGCAGGUUCAUUAUCCGUGGAACCUGCUUUUCAAGACCCUGAAGCUGCACUGGCUGGGCUUCCUGAAUCUGUUAGCUAUGUGACAGGUGUGGUUCUAACCGAAAAAGUUGGUAUUUUGGAGCAAAUUUUAUGGAGAGCUUUAAGAGGUAAUCUUUACUUUCGUCAUUUGUCAUUAGGUGAGACCAUAUACGAUUCCAGCCGUAAGGAGCGUGUUCGUAAAAGUGCAUUUAUUGUUUUUUCUCAUGGUGAUUUAAUUAUUAGGCGUAUUAAGAAAAUUGCGGAGUCGUUAGACGCUCAUCUUUACGACGUUAGAGAGACUUCGGAGGCUCGUUCUAAACAAUUGCAAAAGGUGAACCAAGGUCUUGCUGAUCUUUACACUGUAUUGGAGACUACUAAUACUACAUUGAAUAGUGAACUUUACGCUGUUGGUCGUGAGCUUUACGGUUGGUUCCAAGAUAUCAGUCGUGAAAAGCAUGUUUAUGAAACUUUGAACAAAUUCGAUUUUGAUCAAGGUAGAAAAACUUUGAUUGGUGAAGGUUGGGUCCCUGAAGAUGAAUUAGGCAGCCUGCAAGCAAAAUUGCGCGAAGUGACUCAGACGUUAGGGGUGGAUGUACCUUCCAUUAUUCAACUAUUGGAAACUAAUAGGACACCACCUACAUUCCACAGAGUUAACAAAUUCACUGCUGGUUUCCAAAUUAUUUGUGAUUGUUAUGGUAUACCGCAGUAUAAAGAGGUUAACCCGGGGUUACCUACUGUGGUUACUUUUCCGUUCAUGUUUGCCAUUAUGUUUGGUGAUAUUGGUCAUGGUAUAAUUAUGUCAUUAGUGGCUCUUGUCAUGGUUUUGAACGAAUCGAAAUUAGAACUAUUGAAACGUGGUGAGAUCUUUGACAUGUUGUACUCCGGUCGUUACAUUGUCCUAUUGAUGGGUUUGUUCUCAGUGUACACGGGUUCUCUCUACAACGAUAUUUUUUCCAGAUCAUUGACAUUUUUCUCCUCUGGUUGGGAGUGGCCAGACCAUUGGCAAGUUGGUGAAUUGGUCAAUGCAAACCAAGUGGGUACUUAUCCAUUUGGUCUCGAUUGGAAGUGGCAUGGUAGCGACAAUGGAUUGCUAUUCACCAAUUCCUACAAGAUGAAAUUAUCAAUUUUGAUGGGUAUGGCGCAUAUGACUUAUUCUUAUUUCUUUUCAUUGGUAAACCACCUUUACUACGGAUCAUGGAUUGACAUCUUUGGUAGUUUCUUACCAGGUCUUUUGUUCAUGCAAAGUAUUUUCGGUUAUUUGUCAGUGGCCGUGAUCUACAAAUGGGCACGCGACUGGGUCAAGGAUGGUAAACCUGCACCUUCCCUAUUGAACAUGUUGAUUAACAUGUUUUUAGCGCCAGGUGUUAUUGAUGAUGAAUUGUACCCCCAUCAAGCUGGUGUGCAAGUGUUUUUGUUACUCUUGGCAUUGAUCUGUAUUCCAUGGUUAUUGUUGGCAAAACCCAUCUAUUUUACCAUUAAAAAGCGCGGAUCUCAAGCUAGUGGAGACGCAUUGGAGGAGCACGAAGCGCUAUUAAACCAACAAGAUGAAGGCGAAAAUGGUAAUGAUCAAGUUCCAAGUGGUGAAGAAAACGAAGAGGACGACGAAGAGGGAGAACACGAGGAAGCCAUCGGAGAUUUGAUUAUCCAUCAAGUCAUUUACACCAUUGAAUUUUGUCUAAAUACCGUUUCCCAUACCGCUUCCUAUUUACGUUUAUGGGCACUUUCAUUGGCACAUGCACAACUAUCCCAAGUGCUUUGGGAUAUGACAAUUAGUUUAGCAUUUGGACCUACUGGAACCCUUGGUGUUUUCAUGGUAGUGUUUUUAUUUGCGGUCUGGUUUGGUCUAACCUGUGCAGUCUUGGUCUGUAUGGAAGGUACUUCUGCCAUGUUGCAUUCACUUCGUUUACACUGGGUGGAAUCCAUGUCUAAAUUUUUCGUGGGUGAAGGUAUUGCCUACGAACCGUUCCAACUGCUUCCACAAGAACUCGAAUAG